AUGUUAUUCAAUAAGCUAUUUUUCACAAUCAUAGUUAUUUUUACUUCCCUUAUAUCAGCUACACAAUUUAUAAAAUCAAGUUCUUUAUUAACAUGUAUGGAUAAUUCACAAUUCACUGCUUCAUAUUUUAAUAUAGUAUUUUAUCCAAAAAAUAGAACAGUUUAUUUUGAUGUUACUGCUAUAUCAUCAAUAAAUAAUAAAAAAGUUGGAGCUUAUGUAAAUGUUAUUGCUUAUGGUUUAAAUAUUUUACAAAGAAAUGUUUCAUUAUGUGAUUUAGAUUAUACUCAAAAUAAUAAUCCAAAUAAUAAUCCUUUAUGUCCUUUAACUUCUGGUCAUUUGGAUUUAGAUUCUUCUUAUGAAUUAGGAAAAUCUGUUACAGAUCAAAUUCCAGGAGUUGCUUAUACUAUUCCUGAUUUAGAUGCAAGAGUUAAAGUUUUAGUUUAUGAUAUUGAAACUUAUGAUCAAUUAGCUUGUGUUGAAGCUACUUUAUCAAAUGGUAAAACUGUUCAAACUAAAUAUGCUGCUUGGCCAAUUGCUGCAGUUUCUGGUUUAGGUGUUAUAACAAGUGGUGUUAUAUCAGUUAUUGGUCAUUCAAAUACUGCUGCUCAUAUUGCUUCAAAUUCAAUGUCAUUAUUUAUUUAUUUUCAAUCUUUAGCUAUAACUGCAAUGAUGGCUGUUGCAAGAGUUCCACCAAUUGCUGCUGCAUGGGCUCAAAAUUUUAUGUGGUCAUUAGGAUUAGUUAGAGUUGGAUUUGUUCAAAAUAUUGCAAAUUGGUAUGUUCAAUCAACUGGUGGUACACCAACAGAUAUUAUUGGAUCACAAUAUCUUUCAAUAUCAGUUCAGAAGAAAAAAUUAUUCAAAAGAGCCGUGUCUACAGUUUUUGAUGAAAUUAUAUCAAGUCAAAACAAUGCAAGACAAAAUCUUGUUAAAAGAGCUAAUGUUAUGUUAGAUUCAGAUACAUUUGGUACAUCAGAUAAUUUAGAUCCAAAUUUAUAUUCAACGGAUGAAAAAUCAGAUAAUUUAGCAGGUAAAAUAUUAGUAUUAAGAGGAAUUCAAAGAGCUGCUUAUUUAUUAAGUAUUGAAAUUACAAAUAUUUUUAUGACUGGUAUUUGUUUUUUAUUCUUUUUUGCAUUUGUUAUGAUUGUUUGUUUAAUGUUAUUUAAAGCAAUAAUUGAAAUUUUAGUUAGAUCUAAAAUAAUGAAUGAAGGUAAAUUUAAUGAAUUUCGUCAACAAUGGUCAUCAAUUAUUAAAGGUUCGAUAUAUAGAUUAUUAGUUAUUGCAUUACCUCAAAUUAGUUUAUUAUGUAUUUGGGAAUUAACAGUUAGAGAUUCUGCAGGAACUGUAGUUGUUGCAGUAUUUUUAUUAGUAUUAUCUGUUGUUUUAUUAUAUCAAGGAGCAAUUAGAGUAUUUUUAAAGGGGAAAAAAUCAGUUAAACAAUUUAAAAAUCCAGCUUAUUUAAUAUUUGGAGAUGGGAAAUUUUUAAAUAGAUUUGGAUUUUUAUAUGUUCAAUUUAGAGCUGAUUGUUAUUGGUUUAUAUUAGUUUCAUUAUUUUAUAUUUUUAUAAAAUCUUUAUUAGUUGCUGUUUUACAAAAACAUGGAAAACCUCAAUCAGUUAUUAUAUGGGCUAUUGAAUUAAUUUAUUUAAUUAUAUUAUGUUGGAUUCGUCCUUUCAUGGAUAAAAGAACAAAUGCUUUUAAUAUAACAAUAAGUGUUAUAAAUUUUAUAAAUGCUUUAUUUUUUAUGUUUUUUUCAGCAGUAUUUGGUCAACCAAAUGUUGUAUCAUCAGUUAUGGCAGUUGUUUAUUUUGUUUUAAAUGCGGUAUUUGCAUUAUUUUUAUUAUUAUUUACUAUUAUAACAUGUGUUUUAGCAUUAGUUUAUACUAAUCCAGAUACAAGAUAUCAACCAAUGAAAGAUGAUAGAGUUUCAUUUUUACCAAGAAGUGGAAAUGGUAAAAAUGGAGGUCCAGGAAAUGGAAAUGAUGAUGAUAUGGAAUUAAUGGCAUUAGGAGCAACAGCAAUGAAAGGUCAUGAACAUGGAGGACCAGGUCAACAUCAAAAAUCUAAAAAUCAAUCAUCAACAUUAUUUGAUGAUGAAGAUGAUUCAUAUGAAGAAGAUUCAGUAUAUCAAAGAACAAGAAAUUUAAGUGGACCAGGUAUAUCUUCAACUUCAGGAAGUGGAUCAAAUUAUGAAUCAAAAAGAGAUUCAAUAAGUUUUAUGGAACCUACACAACCUGGUUCAACAAUUGUUGGAAAUCCUUAUAAUGCAUUACCUCAAAGUUCACAAUCUAAUAUACCUCACAAUACUGGAUACAGCUCAAAUAGUAAUAAUGGUAAUGGAUUUAGUUAUGGUAAAACAGAUGCUUAUCAAGGAAGUGUUGCAAGUCCUCAAAAUCCUUAUUUUCAACAAACUUCAUAUAGUAAUACAAAUAAUAAUCAAUAUCAACAAAGAAAUCCAAAUCAAAGAAAUUAUAGGUGA